ACGCACGCACAGCUGCUGUCCACGCGCUCGGUCCGCGGAGCGUCUCGGGAAGCCCUUGGCUGCCAGCGUAUCCAGAAGCGAUGUCGUUCAUUCUCACCAAGAAAAAGAAAUUCAAAUUCAAGGUAGACUUCGACUUGGACGAUCUGUCGUCGGUUCCCUUCGUCAACGGCGUCUUGUUCUGCAAAGUUCGGCUGUUAGAUGGGGGCUUUGCUGAGGUGUCCUCUCGGGAACCAGUCCAAGCAAACUGUGUGCACUGGAAAAAGAGGUUCUCUUUUGUUUGUAAAAUGAGUGCCAAUGCUGGGACUGGUGUGCUAGACCCCUGCAUGUGCCGGGUGUCUGUACGCAAGGAAAUGAAAGGUGGAAAGACUUUUGCAAAGCUGGGCUUUGCUGACUUAAACCUGUCUGAGUUUGCUGGGUCCGGCAGCACCACGAGACGAUGUCUGCUGGAGGGAUAUGAUACCAAGCAUACCAGACAGGACAAUUCUAUCCUCAAGGUUGUGAUCACCACACAGCUCAUGUCUGGAGACCCCUGUUUUAAGACCCCCCCAUCUACAGCCAUGACCCUGGGGAUACCGCAGGCCGAGUCGGAGUGUCUCCACGAGGACAGAAAGGGCGGGGACGUUCACUUGUCCCAAUCUGCCGCCGAGACCAUAGGAAAGUCUGCAUCUGUCCCCGAUGACCUAAGAGUGUAUGGCCACUCUCGGACAUCCAGCUAUACCAGCCAGCAGUCAAAAAUCUCAGGUUACAGCACAAAUCACUCGCGGUCAUCCAGUCUGACAGAGCUCGGCCACCGCAGAAACCCCUCCGGAGGCUCGGUGUCCACAGGCAUCGGCAGCAUCCAGGAACCCAGCGAGCAACAGGGCGAUAGAGGAGAGAGAGAGAGCAGGUCCUCCCCUCCACUCUCCGGUAUCUGUCUCCACCUGUCUGAACGCCCCUCCACCCCUGCCAGGACCCCAAGACACCCUGUAAAGCAGAACUCCGUGGAGAAUCAGUUGAAAAGAGUGGACGCCACCAGGGUGGAUGCUGAUGACAUCGUAGAAAAGAUCCUACAGAGCCAGGAUUUCAGCCACAGCUUUCUUGACUCGAGUGCAGAAGAAGAGGGGCUCAGAUUGUUCGUUGGUCCUGGUGGAAGCACAGCCCUGGGGAGCCAACAUACGAGGGUUGCAGCUGGGGCCUUCGAGCAGGUGGUGAUCAAGCACUAGGCUCUGAGGAGCACGAGUACGUCAGCAAUGGUGCCGUGUUACCCCAGUGAGACAGAGGAGGAGGAGGACGAGGUGGAGGAGGGGGUGGGUGCAGGACUAGACAGGGAGUGGUGUCAUCGGUAGUUGCUCCCACCUCUCUCCAAAAGACACUUUUGCUUCAAUAGAAUUCCCUCAAUUCCGGACAGACUCUGCGGAACAGGAGAGCUUCCUGGUAUUGAAAAAUGUGGAGCUGAAGGCCACAUUUUCUUUUUUGCUUUCUUUUUUUGGAUAAAUGAGAUGAUAGGUAUUCUGAUGUAUUUUAUUUUUCCGUUAUACUGUUGUACUCUGCAAGGGCUGCACUCCCCCCCCCACACACACGCACACUAUUUUGCAAGUACCAUAAACGCUUAUUUAAAACCUACUUGGUAAAAAAUAUCCUAAGGAAGGAGAAGUAUUGAAACUGACAAGGGGAGGGAAGGUGCUGGUAUCAUUUUUCCUAUGACCUUUAUUUAAACUGACUGUAGAUGAGUACAAUCCCCACCCUACACUGGUGCUGUCCCAUUAUGAACAAGAAGAAAAGAGAACUGAAGAUGCUAACUCAGAUUAUAUGAGCGGGACAUUGUGUUUGGGACAAUCAGGGACAGUCACCGGCCUGUUUAGUUCGCUUUGACAUUGAGCUGAAUGAAGAGGAACUUAGAAGGAGCGAGAGGAAGUCAGCGCGAGUAUCAGGUUGAAACGAAUGCGCUCUUUUAGUCUAGUACACAAGAAGUCACUGUGUGAUUCAUUCCUCUAAGCUAGAAUGGUCAGAGUACCAUGGUGCACCAUUACGUCAACCAAAAAAACUAUCCUGUUCACCUGGCUGUGAAUGUAGAGUGUGUUUGAAAAAAAAAAUCUGAAAAGGUGGUGGACUAGAAAUAAGUUGCCAAUUUUGGCCACAAGCAAAACAUAUUUUGUAAAGAGCCAAGACACUUUUUUAAAUUCAGUGAUCAACAACUCAGGGUAGUGUUUCACCAACAUAUUAUCAUUUUGCAUUAAAAAAAAGUGUAACUUAAAAAUUUUUAUUACCAUGCCAAGCACAUCCUUUUUUCAAAUGUCAGUGCAUCUAAGGGAGGUUAAAAAGUUGAGUAGGCUGCACAUUUGGCUUCAUUUGUGGUCUUCCUGGUUUAGUAGUUUAUUGAAUUACUGGGCUGAUCUAGGCUGGCUGUGGACCUGUAUUACAAGUCCUCCAUCUCGUGUGACUGUUACCUGUUCAUUGAUUGUUAAUGCCUCAAACAUUUUUUUUUUUUGCCAAGUGUACUUGUUGUCAAUGUUCAUGUGUGGUGUUUUUAAAUACAAGCAGAAUGCUGAAUCUUGAAAACUCACUGAUAUUUGCACU